UUCAUAUUAUCUCGAAGGAUCUUGAAAUAAUUUAAAACAUCAUCCAUUUUAUUUAGAAUUUUAAACCAUUGCAAAGUGUUAAGAGAAAAACAAAAACUGGGCUGAAGAAUGCAUACAUGCAGUGCACCAUGGUGAAUCCGACAAUGGAUAAUGUUAAGAUCUAAAUUAAUUAGGUUAUUCGAUUUUAUUAUUUUUUGUUAAGAUAUUAACUAGAACGAUGUAUCAAAGUGAUAGUAGCAUGUGUUUGCUUAAAUAUUGAAUAGAUUUAUUUAAAAAUCUGGAAUUAUAUAAAACCGAAACGAAAUACAAUCUAACAUUCUUUUCAAAAUGUCAGCCAGACAAGAGAAAGACGUAUAUGAAAAUUGGGAAGAAAUCGACGAAUCUUGUCUAGAAAAUAAAUUAAAUAGCAUUAUAAAUGGUGAUUCAAAAAUAACAGAAAUGACGAAUGUGGGGCCAUUGAAAAUGAUUUUAAUGGGAGAUGAUGCCUAUAGAACGCACCCACCAGAACCUACUGUCAAAAUUCUCAAACGACCUAGUAAAAGUCCACACAGUGCUAUAAUCCAAGAAAGUAAACCCAGAGCUCCAAUUAAAACACUACAACAAAGGGAACAAGAAUAUGCAGAGGCGAGAUUACGAAUUUUAGGUUCUGCUAAAAGUCCGGAAGAAAUAAAUGAACCCAGUGUAAAUGGUAGUCAAAGCAAGUCUGAAAUCACAAUGCCCAAUGAUAAUAGCACUAGAAAUUCACAAUGGAAUAAUCAUAAUCACAUACAAUUUUCAGCCACAAAAUCACAAGAGUGUAUUGUGAGACAACCGACAGGACCAGAUGGUACAAAUGGUUUUAACAUGCGGCGGUAGUGGUUAUUAUUUAUUUUACACAUAAAUCAAAAUUUUAUUUAUGUUUCGUAUUAAGAAUAUCAUGGUUUGUUUGAAUAUAUUUGUGCAUGCACCAUUAUUUCCUUGAUAUAAAUAUAUAUUCCAACAUUCAAGAUUGUAAUUAGAAAUUAUCUUUUUUUAUUAUUUUUAAUUCAUUAUGUGAAAGAAAUUAUGAGCAGUUUCAAAUUCUAUGUG